AUGCAUUUUGACCAAACGGACAGAUCUGCUGGGUAUUACAAGUCUCGCGCCAAAUUUUCCCUCCAGAAGCCUACUACGAACCCGCCAACGAACCAUGAAACUAGUGUUGGCAUUCCAAGCGCUGCGAGAUCAAGGGCUGAGCUUAAUCAAUACAAGAUCCCAACAGCCUCUGAUCAUGUGCAGGAUGAUAAUAUGAUGUUACAAGAUACCUUAAAGUUAGAAAAUAAAUAUCUUGAAAAAGAAGAAGAAAAUCGUCAUUUGAAAUCACUUGGAACAAAAAUUUACAACAGAAAAUUGAACAGAAGUCAUUGGCAUUAA